AUGCUUGUAGGAGUUUUAGUCAAUGCUUUGAUCCUGCUCUAUAUGUAUUGGAAUUUGUUAUCUGUUCAUAAGGAUGAAGAAGAUGCCACUAUGGAAGUGGUUGCUGAAGAAGACGUAACCUCAUAUCGUUUUUCUCCAGCAAAGUUGUCUCAUCACACACCUUCAAAUUCUCAAGAAUUCCAUUCCGGACUGGAAUCUACAAUUAUUUGCAGCUCUUCUAAUCCCAAUGGUUCUACAAAUCAUAGUGAGACUAUUAGAGACCGAGGGACUAUGAUUGAGAGUGAUAAUAUUCAUCUCUCUCCUAAUGUAAAUACUUGUACGAAUCAUGUUGAGACACUUGGGAAUGGUGGCAGUCCAACUGAAGGUGAAAUCCAUAAUGUCCCGUGUUUGCAAUCUGAAUCCGUUAGGCAUUCAAAUCCUUCGAAAGAAAUUGCAAAUGAUGGAUUUCUGUCCUCAAAAUGUAUUCCAUCUUUGAACGGUAGUGAACACGGAAACUCUGCAUCACCGAAAAACUGGAAAAGAAUUUUGUGGAAGACGUGUGUUUAUCUUGUUACCAUAGGAAUGCUAGUUUCUUUGCUGGUCGGUCUAAAUAUGUCCUGGACUGUAAUCACAGCUGCACUUGCCAUGGUUGUUCUUGAUUUUAAAGAUGCCGAACCGUGUUUAGAAAAGGUAUCCUAUUCGCUCUUGGUAUUCUUUUGCGGAAUGUUCAUUACAGUCGAUGGCUUCAACAGAACUGGAAUUCCGAGCACUGUGUGGGAUUUCAUGGAGCCUUAUGCAAAGAUAGAUCAUAUUGGGGGAAUGGUAGUUUUAGCUGCUGUCAUAAUCGUGCUCUCAAAUUUGGCGUCAAAUGUACCUACAGUUGUACUGCUUGGAGCACGAGUGGCAUCUUCUGCAGCAAAAAUAUCUCCUGCUAGUGAGAAGAAAGCAUGGCUCAUCUUAGCUUGGGUGAGCACGGUUGCAGGGAAUCUCUCUCUCUUGGGAUCGGCUGCCAACUUAAUAGUGUGUGAACGGGCUCGUCGGGCUCACUAUGGCUACAAUUUAUCAUUCUGGAGUCACCUCAAAUUUGGAGUUCCCUCCACUAUUAUUGUAACAGCUAUUGGUUUGACUUUGAUAAGAGGAUGA